AUGGCUAAACCAGGCUUGUCUGCGGCGGUGCUGCUGCUCCUGCUGGGCUUCCUCUCAGCGUCCUCCGUUAAUGCCGACACCCUGCUGUCAGCACCACUCAAUGUGACCAUCAGAGAACUCGAGGUUAACUCUGCUGUGGUUACGUGGGAAAUCUUGGAGGGAGACCCUGUCAUCGGAUUCGCCAUCACCCAACAGAAGAAGGAUGUACGCAUGCUGAGGUUCAUCCAGGAAGUGAACACCACCACACGCUCCUGUGCAUUGUGGGAUCUGGAUGAGGACACCGAGUACAUCGUCCACGUUCAGAGUAUUAGCAUGGGAGGAAGCAGCCCUCCAAGUCAGCCUGUGCUAUUCAGAACGCCAAAAGAGUCCGAGAAGAUGGCUUCCAAAAGCCCUGACGAGGUGACGAUGGAGGAGGUUGGCGACGCUGCCCAGCUGAGGGCGGGAGAACUCAUCAUCAUCGUAGUGGUGCUCGUCAUGUGGGCAGGUGUGAUCGCCCUGUUUUGUCGUCAGUAUGACAUCAUCAAGGAUAACGAGCCCAACAACAACAAGGACAAAGCCAAGAACUCCUCAGAGUGCAGUACCCCAGAGCACCCGCAGGGGGGGUUACUGCGAAGCAACGUCUAAGAUCAGCCCUGCGUCACCUUCUGCAAUAACCAACUCCUUAAACCUCAGGACAGAUCCUGAGACCAACGGAAAGCCAUUCUCAGAAAAUAUACUGAAGAACAGAUAAUCCAUUACAGAAACUCUUCUUGACACAAUGGAGAGCUCUGCAGCUACAACAGGCACAAAUGUGAACUUGCAAAAUGAAAAGCUGCAAAACAGUGAAAGAGGAAACACCAGAUGAUAAAACCCCUUUCACUUUUGUAGCAACCCAAAACUGGAUCGCGGCUGAUGCAGACACGAGAUAUUAAAUGGCUGUCGGUCAAGCUCUUCUUGACGAGAACUGCUUAACCCGUGUGUUCCGAUUACUCCACAUCGGUGGCAUCCA